UCAGAUGAGGAGUGUUGAGAUGAUGUGCAAAGCUAGAAAAUGGAGGUUAAUUUUUGAGAACACCCCAAGGUAUUUCAUGGACUUGGACUGCCUGUUAAUUUCAGAAACUAUAAUUAUUGAAUUUUUAUUUUUAUUUAGAACUUUUAGAAGUCUACAAUGACCAUCUAUAUUAAAGAUAUCGGAAUCAUAAAAGAUACUAAACGAUGUUAUUUCUAACAUAAACGAUGGAAACAAAUAAGCCAU